AGUUCAUUCCGCACCCAACCUUCGGAAGCUCUGCAUGGCCAUGGCAAUGGCAAUGGCAAUGGCUUGACCCCUCUAUACGAAAUAGUUGAGCUUGACGUCGGCAUGGAAAAUAUUGGAUGUUGUUGUUGAUUUUUGUUAGGUUGGAGAUUGUAUCGUAUACGAGUAAUAAGCUGUGUGUGGUUUACUUCAUACUUACUUACACCUACGAUCAAUUUCUUCGAUUUACCUCAAAUUCAACAUCCUCCUAGUUAUCAAGUCCUUAACGCACAGCCCCUCCUCGCCAGCCAUUCCGAAAAUGCCUCCUCUCAAAUCUUGGCUCCGUAUCCCCCCUAACAGCGACUUCUCUAUCCUCAAUAUCCCCUUUGGUAUCAUCACCUCCCGCAAUUCCCAAACCAUCCAUCGACCAGCCAUCCGCAUUGGGAACCAUGUCUUGGAUCUUCUCGCCUUCUCUAAAUCAUCGGGUUUCCAGAAACUUCCUUCCUUCAAAGAUCACCUCUCCGUCUUCGAAGAACCAAAUCUUAAUGCGUUCGCAGCUUUAGGUCAGCCCGUUCAUCGGGAAGUUAGAAAAUAUAUACAAGAGGUUUUUAAGGAGGAUACUCCAUAUCCGGAAUUAUUGAAGGAUAAUGAGGAGGUUCAAAAGGACUGUUUGUUGAAAGAGGGAGAUUGGAAAAAUCAUCUGCCAAUGAGAAUUGGUGAUUAUACGGAUUUUUUCGCGGGUAUCAAUCAUGCUAGGAAUGCGGGGACUAUGUUUAGAGUGAGUUUGUAUAUGUUUUGUUUGCCUGGUUUUGUGUGAGAGAUUCUAACAUAUUAUUUAAAGGGAGCAGAAAAUGCACUUCAACCAAAUUAUACGCAUGUGCCAAUUGGGUACCAUGGUCGCGCCUCAUCUGUUAUCGUCUCUGGAACUCCAAUUACACGUCCAAAUGGUCAGAUAAUACUCGAUCCCAAGGCUCCUGGGCCUAAGAAACCUAUAUUUGGACCUUCUAGACGACUCGAUAUAGAAUUAGAACUUGGAUGUUUCUUAUGUACAGGAAAUGAACUUGGAGAACCUAUCAGAGUUACAAAGGCUGGAGAAAAUAUCUUCGGAUAUGUCCUUAUGAAUGAUUGGUCCGCAAGAGAUAUUCAAAAUUGGGAAUAUGUUCCAUUAGGUCCAUUUAAUGGAAAGAAUUUCGCAACGAGUAUUAGUCCAUGGGUUGUUUUACAAGAUGCUAUUGCACCUUUCCGAGCGGCUAAAUUGGAGACGGAAAUGUCGAAAUCGGGUGAAUUGUUGGAUUAUUUGAAAGAGGAAAAUGAUAACACCGGUCUGGAUAUUCAUUUAGAAAUUGAUCUUACAACUCCAGAUGGAAGCACAACUACGAUUGGAAAAGUUAAUUCGAAGAAUUUAAUAUGGAGUUUUGAACAAAUGCUCGCGCAUCAUAGUAGUGGGGGAUGUAAUAUGAGGACGGGGGAUUUAUUGGGUAGUGGGACGAUUACUGGGGAAGGUGAUCAGGAAAUGGGUAGUUUACUUGAGAUGUCCUGGGGUGGAUCAAAGGAUAUUUGGUUGGUGGGCAUGGAGACGAGAAAGUUUCUGAAGGAUGGUGAUGAGGUUACUUUGAGGGGUACUUGUGGGGAGGAAGAGGGAGGAUUGGUUGGUUUUGGUGAGUGUAGGGGGAGAGUGGUUAGUGCGGUUAACUAUUAAGGGGGGUGGUGGAUGAUGAUGAUAGAUAGAAUUAUUGUGGGGGAUGAUAU